UAGCGAUAGCGUCGUCUGGCUCCCUGCAUCAGCUGAUUCACAACACGGAAAUGUAGAAGUCGUUCGGUUUGGAUUGUGUCACUCUCGUGGCCUCGUGACAUAAUAGUCAGAGAACACUCCUUUCCUUUUCAUAAGCAUUUGAAGCAAAAAUGAUAGGUGACACUUCUCAAAGGAAUGAAGAGGAACGCAACCCUCAACAUUGUUUGCCCAUUGAGGUCCUUAUGUACAUAUUCCAAUAUUUACACUUGUCGGAUUUGAAAAGUGCUCGGCUUGUCUGUCGCUCUUGGUAUGAGGCCUCUCAAGAUCCAAAGCUGCUGUUCAAGGAAGUUGUAAAUUUCCAUUGGGAUGAGGAUAAUCAGGGAACACCUAGAACGCCCGUUCCCGAUAUUGUUAAUAGCAACAGAGAAUUCCUUCAUUUUCUAUUCAAGGAAGAAGAAGUACGAUGGAACUGGCCUGGUGUAUGGCAUCAGUUUGCACCAAGUUUGAAAUCCCUCCACAUAUUUAACUGUGAGCUACGUGAACGAGAUUUUAUCAACAUUUUAUCGCUUUGUCAAAGCUUAGAGACCCUUCGAAUUAGUGGCUGUAGAGAAUUAUUAAUGUCAGGUGGACUUUUACGUGACCAAGAGGAAAUAAAACUUCUGCAAAAUGUUCUCGUCAACUUGAAAGAGAUUGUUGUUUCUCACAACAGUUAUUUAUCAGAUGCUCUUCUUAAUCGCUUGAUUGCCAUUGCUCCAAAUCUGCAAUCCAUUUCAUUGGAAGGGUGUCAAAUAUCAUUUCAUUGUGGAUUGUACAAGAAAUUUUAUCCUAAUCAUUCACCAGAAGGAUUUAAAACCUUUGACGAAAAGAAUGACUCUGAAUUUAAAGUUAUGGAGUCAUCAAGUAUUCUUACUUUCAGAAAUAUUCUUCAUCAUAUUACUUCAAUGUCCCUGCAGCUGCAUACUCUUUCUUUCAGUCAUACCCUAAUUGAUAGUCCAGGCCUAACUCAACUUUCCAAGGUUGCAGAUUUACGCCUGAAAAACUUAAUGUUAGCAGGGUGUGAGCAGCUGACAAAUGUUGGUGUUGUUGCUCUCACUGAGCACCAAACAAGUCUUGUAAGCUUAGAUCUUAGUUGCUGCUCCCGUGUUACUGACCCCUCAUUGAUUGCAAUCUGCCGAAGUUUAUCUGGCCUUCAAAACCUGUGCGUUCGUCGCUGUAGAGCUAUCAGCAACAUUGGUGUCUCAGAAAUUCAAGCUUUAAAAAAUCUUGUUAAAUUGGACCUUUCAAACUGUGAUAUGGUAACAUCUGAUGGAAUUUUGAUUGGAUUGUGUAACGGAAUUAAUUAUACUCUCCGGCAACUCUACCUUAGUGGGAUAAAUAACAUGACUGAGGAUACUGUCAUGAAGCUUGCUGAAUCCUUGCCUAAUCUCACUCACCUAGAUUUGGGGUACUGCAUUACAGCUGUUACAGAUGCAGCUCUGCAGGCCAUAUUUCAACACCAGGUUUGGCUCCAAUAUUUGAAACUUUCAGGAUGCAAUAGAAUAACUGAUGUUGGACUCACUGGUAUGGUAACUCAUUCAUCUAUGGCUUCAACCCCUAAUUUAACAACAAUGAAUCUAUUAGAAGAAAGUAAUUUUGCUUGUGGUGUCAAGUCAAGACUUCGCAUAUCAUUGAAAAGUCGAGCAGAAGAGGAAAUUGUGAAAGAUGCAGAACGUAAGAAAGCUAUUUUGCAGCUUUUUGAAUACUCAAUACCUUCAUCAAGUAAUGUAGGAUACUCCUUGACACGCCUAAAAGGGUUACGCAAUCUGAACUUGUCAGGGUGUUCGAGGAUAACUGAUAUCAGUUUAUGCCAUGCAUUUAAGUUUUUAGAACUCAAGUCUUUGGAUCUAACACAGUGUUGUCAGGUUACACAAUCUGGAAUAAAAGCUCUUGCUCUGAACAAUCCUAGCCUUGAGACUCUGAUUUUAAGUAUGUGCUACAGUAUUUGCAAUGAAGCAGUGGAGGCAAUCAGUAUUAAUCUGAAGCGAUUGAAGCAUUUGGAUUUAUCUGAAUGUCAGAAGCUCACGGAUGCCAGCCUGUUGGCAAUUGGCACAAAUUGUAAAUCUCUUCGGUACCUUAAUAUGAGAAGAUGUGAUCGCCUUGCACUAUGUCAAGAUGGCUUACUUGAUCAUAUCCCAUCAGUAAUUCUUCCUCCAGCUGCUGUAAAUCCUGAAGACGACGUGUCAUCACACCCACCAGUUCCCACAAUACCUAAAAGGAAAAAUUGAUUUCUUAGUACUUCGUAUUAACAUUUAUUCAGUCGACUAGACCAGCCUUUAGUUUGUUUCACAAAAUGUGAAAGAAAGUCUUACUUUUAAAAAGUGGCAUUUUUAUGCUUUGCCAGAGAAAAAUUAUUCUACUAAUUUUUCAAGAAAUAUGUUCAAUAAUAAGAUAGCACUAUCUUUUCUAAGCAAUCCCUCAUAAAAAAUUUUAACCAUCGUAUUAUGUUUUUUAGCAACAUACUGUUUGUUAUUAUUGUUUAUAUAUGUUGUGUAAAUGCUUCUCCCAGCUUUUUUGUCUAAUUCUGUAUUAUUAUUUCAUAUUAUAGAUAUGUAAAGUAAGUGUUUGUAUUUUUAUUGAUUGUUUUGACGCUCCUAUUAAAAACAAGGACCUUACGUGA